CUGAUGCCACAUUCGAACAGUGAAUGCAUUAUAAGCCAGGCUUAAAUACAGGGAAACGUAAUCUAAUUAUUUUAUUUUUCAGAUUACAUUCUUUCACAAUAAUAAAAGUUCACUUGAAAUUGUAGAUAACCAGCGCUCUCGAUUUUAAGUGCCGCUGCACAUGUUAAUGCUCAUGUUCUGUAAUUGUGUGGUAAUAUCGACCGGGUGUGACAACACAAGUAAAAGGAUACAUACAGCUUAUUUACCGUCAUAAAGCUGUCUUGGAAGAGUGCGUACAGGAGUUCUUACAGAAAAAAACAAGUGAACAUGUUUGAAUAUAGUCAUCUGCUGUUGUUGGCGUGCUUGGUGAUAAAGGUGUCGUCUGCUACGACGAAACCUAAUAUCAUCUUUAUUCUCGCAGACGAUCUAGGCUGGAAUGACGUAUCCUGGAACAACCCCGACGUCCAGAUGCCCACCCUGGACAAACUAGCCCGGAAGGGGGUCAUCUUCAAUUCCUCAUACACACAACCAACAUGCUCACCGUCCCGCGGGGCCAUUAUGACGGGCUACUACCCGUACCACCUAGGCAUGCAGAAAGGAAUCGUCCGCUACUACCAGCCCAAGCACCUACCGGAAGACAAGCCCACCAUUGCCGAGGCCCUAAGAAGCGAAGGGUACGCAACACACCUCGUCGGCAAGUGGCAUCUUGGUUUCUGCAACUGGAACCACACCCCAACAUACCGUGGUUUCGACUCUUUCUAUGGGUUCUACAGCGGCGCCCAGGACUACUACACCCAUAAACAUUAUGGCGGCUACGACUUCCGCUACAACACGAGCGUUCAUCACCCGACAAAGGGCCGGUACUCGACGACGCUGUUUGGCCGGCGGGCUGCGGAGAUCAUAGCGACACACGACAGAACCUCGAGUCCGCUCUUCCUCUUCUUGUCAUUUCAAGGCGUACACUCGCCACUCCAGGUUCCCAAAGAGUACUCACAGCAAUUUGAGCAUAUCAAGAACACUAAUAGAAAGAUAUAUACAGGGAUGCUGGCGGCCAUGGACGAGGCGGUGGAGCGGGUGCUCAACGCGUUACGGCAGUACAAGUACAUGGACAACACACUCAUUGUCUUCACAUCCGAUAACGGCGGGGCCUCGUACUUAGCAGGCUCCAACUGGCCGUUGCGGGGCACCAAGGCCACACUGUGGGAGGGCGGCACCCGCGUGCCAACGUUCGUCUACAGCAAGACGCUCUUUAAGAAAACCGGAUACGUCCACCCGGGUUUGUUUCAUGCCACGGACUGGUUUUCAACAUUUGUCAGAUUAGCGGGUGGAUCUACAAGCCCGUUCUUGGACGGGAAGGACCAGUGGUUGGCGAUCAGUCGCGGCUGGCACUCGCCCAGGAGGGAGUUCGUUUACAAUAUCGACGAAGUGAAAAAGUCCGCCGCCAUCAGGGUUGGCGACUACAAGUUGAUCGUUGGGAGUCCCGGAAGAUACAACAACUGGUAUCCGGCAAAAACCCGUCCUGCGUGUAACAGCAGGGAGGCGAAGCAGGGGUAUCGAUACGAGGACCGACAGCUCGUGCGUGACAACAUAGCUGAGAGGAACGCCUUCAACAAGACAAGUGGCUGGUGGUUUACGUCACCCGUCAAGUACUUCGGGUCGUUCGCGAGCAGCGCGGUGCGGGCGGCCACCGGAAAUAGCGUGCUUCAGAAAAUCGGCAACUGGUAUAACCGAUACCGCUGUGAUAGGUUUAUGGAGGCCCGGCAGAUGGAGGAGGCGAGUCUCGUGCCGCCAAAAGUGCAAUUGUACAAUAUAAAAAACGAUCCUCUAGAAAAACACGACAUAGCGGCACGGAAGCCUGUGUUACUGAAAAAAAUGAUGCGGAAGUUGAAGGAAUACAAGCGAACACUUGUUCCCUCGUAUAACCCGCCCGCCUCCAAGGCCGCUAACCCCAAGCACUAUGGGGGCGUCUGGUCUCCUGGGUGGUGCUGAACCCGGAGGUCGGGCGUGGGGAGAGGGGAGUGGGUAAACAUAUCCUGGUGACGCUGUGGUGAUACUGACGUGAGAUAGAUUGUUUAGUCUUGGCGGUUGUAUCGAAUGUGCUUACUGGUACUUGCAGAACAUAACGCAAUGGUGAGCCAUUAAAGAUGCAGAUAUAUACUUGACAACGCGAAGGCCACACUGGUUUUGAAAUGCACCAAGAGAUUAUAUGAUCUUUAACGACUUAUGUAACAUGUAUUCGUUCGUUAAGUGUUUUAAGUGUCAGACCAUAGAGAGACGAAAACUCCACUUAGUCCAUAAAAUAAAAUGAGGAAAUGGUAAGAGACAUUUCAACCUUUUAUCUCAACUUAGUGACUGAACAAAUCGUAGUUAUUGACGAUCGGUAAGUUAAGUUUUAUUUCGCUAUAAAAUUGAGGAAAUACGUUAUAAUUUAUGUUAUGCCGCUGGGUGAUUUUGUGACUUCACUAGUAUUAUGUUUUAUCAAUUUUAUCCAGUAAUUUUUACUGUUGGAGACACUUUUAUAUAAUGUAAACACUAAAAUACACAGUUUAGCAGCAUUUAAGAUAGUUUGUUAUUUAUUUUCUAUGUGUUUUAUUUUUCAAUUUACCAAGAAAUGAGUCAAAAUUGUUUACAUGCCAUUGUUUUUACAUGAAUAAAAUAUAGAUGUCGUC